AAUUUUUCCCGCUAACAAGUGUCACAAACAAAAAUAAAAAAUCCAUUUAUCCAAAUUUGUUUAAAAUUUUAUUUAAAUUAUAUUUAAUUAAAAUUUCCAUAUAAUGUCCACAUGUAGUGCUGCAGAAAUUGCUGAAAAAAAGCGUAUCGCAUUAGAAAAAUUAAAAGCCAAAAAAAAUCAAAUUCCGAACAAACCAACAAUUGUACCGCCAAAGAAUUCAGUUCACCCACCACAAACAACAAAUUCUUCUCCAUCUGCAUCAGCCUCAUCCGCUCCAAAAACAAUAACAAGUCCAGUGCAAACUUUUUACAAAUCCAAUUCAGAAAAUAAAGCAUCAGAUUUUUUAAAAGCUAUCAAACAAAGUUCAACAUUUGCCAAUCGAAAUGAGGCAAGAAAUUCAACACAUCCUUACACGAGACCUAAUGGCAAUAGCAACAGUCCACAGCAGCAGCAAUCUUCAGCUGGGAAUAGUGUGUUUAAAAAUGCUCUCACAACAGACAAUAAAUCAAAAAUAGCACCGGUUUUUGUCCAGAGUGUUUCAUGUACCUGUUAUUUGAUUAGUUGCUAUCGAUUCGCCGUCAAUCCGUCGGGAUAUCAUACACAACUUAUUGAAGUCUUUAAAUCAAUACCUUCCAAGGCUUAUGAUGGCAAUACAAGAAUCUGGAGCUUCUCUGUAAAUGACUAUCAAUUAGUUCAGGACAAAUGUGCUGGCUUAAAGCCGUACGUUGUAAUAGGAGUUAUUCCUAAAAAUAUAUUUAAACUUUGUCAGACACCAGUUAAAGAGCCAGAUCCCUCGUGUCUAGCUUCAAUCGAACCCAAGCUUGUUGAGAAACUAUUGCCUUUUCAAAAAGAAGGAGUUACAUUUGGAAUAUCGAAGCAUGGUCGGGUAAUGAUUGCCGACGAGAUGGGACUUGGAAAGACUUAUCAAGCUUUGGCUAUAGCUGACUUUUAUCGAGAAGAUUGGCCACUUUUUAUUUGCACAACAGCUUCAACCAGAGAUGCCUGGGAAAACCAUGUACAAGAACUCCUCCCAUCUGUUUUAGUUCAUAACAUUUGUGUUCUAAGUACAAAACAGCAAUAUAUUGGUGAUGCGAAAGUACUUAUAACCAGCUACAAUCUAAUGGAAAAAAGUAUGGAAAUGCUUUUGGAGAAAAAAUUUGGUGUUUUAAUUCUUGAUGAAUCACACACACUCAAGAAUAGCAAAGCUAAAUGCACUGUUGUUGCAGAUAGAUUAUCUACACAAGCAAGAAGGGUAAUUCUAUUAACCGGAACACCUGCACUUUCAAGACCUGUUGAAUUGUUUAGUCAAUUGCAAAUGAUUGAUCGAAAGUUUUUUAAUUUUAUUGACUACACAUCAAGAUAUUGUGCUGGAAAGCAAACAAAUUUUGGUUGGGAUGCAUCCGGGCAAUCAAAUCUAACUGAGCUGAAAGUUGUACUCAAAUUAAAAUUCAUGGUGCGUCGAAUUAAAGCAGAAGUUCUUCCUCAGCUGGCUGAGAAGUUAAGAGAAACAGUUGUGCUCGAUCCAUCACUCCUCUGGCAUGGCUCGGACGUAGACAAAACCUUACAAACGUAUACGGACGAUUUAACAAAAAGUAAAGGCAAAGAAAAAGAAACCAUACUUCUUAGAUUUUAUGCGGAAACAGCUGCUGUUAAAGCACGUGCAGUGUGUGAAUAUCUCAAAACUCUCAUCAAACAAAAAACGAAAUUUAUCGUAUUUGCUCAUCACAAAGUCAUGAUGGAAGCUAUAAGUGAUUCAUUAGAAAAACAAAAAGUUAAUUACAUUCGAAUUGAUGGAAGUACCAGAAGCGAUGUCAGAAGUGAAAUGGUUGAUAUAUUUCAAAAUAAAUCAUCAUGUAGAGUGGCUGUACUAUCAUUGAAAGCUUGUAACUCUGGUAUAACUUUAACUGCAGCCGAAACUAUUGUCUUUGCUGAAUUAGAUUGGAAUCCAAGUACAUUGGCUCAAGCUGAAAGUAGAGCUCAUAGAAUAGGUCAAAAAGGUUCUGUGACUUGUAGAUAUCUUAUUGCUAACAAAACAGCGGAUGAUAUCAUUUGGAAUAUGCUUAAAGAAAAACAAGAUGUUUUGAAUAAAGCUGGACUUUUUUGUGAAGAUUUACAAGAUGCUACACAUUCUUCAGCUCCCUUAUCGGUUAGACCAAUUGAAAGUUAUAUGACUCCAAUUAAAAAAGUUAAUAAUGCAAUACAAAAACCAAACGAAUCAACAACAGCAACGACUAUCAAGCCAACGUCAAAUAAUUCGACAGCUCGUGAACCGUCGAGAAAAAUUGAAGAGAAUUUCGAAGAACUCUUCGAUGAAGACGAUGAUGCUUUCACAGAUUUGAAUUUUUGAUUGACUGUAGAUUUGUAUAUAAUGUUUUGUUAUCAAUCACCUAACCAAAUUUGUUAUACAUUAGAAUCUUAACAUUGCGAAUUUUUGUUCAUUAAUUUUGUAUUUUGAACAUUUUUUUAUUAGCUCCAUUACUCCAGGAAUGCAUAGAUUGGAGAAUACUAGGUAUUGCCUAAAAAAUAUAUAUUUUUGUUAUAAAGUGA